AUGGCCAUUUCCAGCUUCCCAGACUGGUCCUUAGCUUCAACUGAUACCUACACAUCAAAAACCAGAAAGUUUGGCCUAUUUUCAUCAUGCAAAACCCUUCACUUUGUCUCCUUCCCCAGCUCCAACCUUCCAUUAUUCCACAUCAACUCCUCAGGUUGUCCAUCUACCAUCCUAGAGGAUGCAUCAACCAAUGUGCCCAUCACCAAGUUGGGCCUAAAAUUUCAUGAUCCUCAACAAUUUUCUCUACCAGAUGUGGAUAAUUUAAAUAGGUUUUUGUGUGGGUUAUUGCAAGAUACACAGAGUGAAGAGCUAGCAUAUGAUUACUAUGAGAAAGCAAAACAAAGGCCAGGGUUCAUACCAGAAAAACCAUUGUUAAAGCUUCUAAUCAGGUACUUGGUCCAAUCCAAGAAAUGGGAUCUAAUUAUGUCUCUUUCAGAGGAUUUUAAGCAUUACCAUGUCUUGCCUGAUACUUAUACUUGUUCUAGAUUAAUUACUACUAGUAUUAGAGCUAGAAAAUUCAAGGUUGUGGAGACUUUGCUCGACUCAUUUAAAUCAGAUGAGGAAGUUGCUGUCAUUGCAUUUAAUUCAGCAAUGGAAGGUUACAAUAAGUUGCACAUGUAUAGAAGCACAAUUGCUGUAUAUGAAACAAUGCAAUUGAAUGGAAUUUUUCAGGAUUCGGAAUCUUGUUGCCAGGUAAUGGAAGCUUAUCAGCAAAUUGGUGAUAUGGACAAAGUUUCCUCAUUAUUUGAAGAAUUUGAAAAUAGGAAGUUAAAUUUGACACCAGUUGCACCUCGUGUAUACUGUAUCCUAUGUGCGUCAUUGGCGAAAUCAGGUCGAGCAUACGAGGCUCUUGAAUAUUUCAGAGACAUGAGGAAGAAAGAAAUUUUUGUGAGUCCUUCAGUUUACUCUUCCUUGAUACGAUCAUUUGCGAGAAUUCGAGAUUUAACUGUUGUUGAAGAACUGUUCAAAGAGGCAGAGGAGAGGGGAAUGGUAAGGGACCCAGAAGUGUUUUUGAAACUGGUGUUGAUGUAUAUAGAAGAAGGGUUAUUAGAGAAAACUUUGGAAGUUGUGAGGGUCAUGAAGGAUGCAAACAUAAAGGUUUCUGAUUGCAUUUUCUGUACAAUAGUCAAUGGAUUCUCCAAAAGAAGAGGGUUUCAAGCUGCCAUUAUAAUUUAUGAACAGCUGCUUUUGCAAGGCUGCAAACCAGGUCAAGUAACUUACGCCUCGAUCAUAAAUGCCUACUGUCGUAUCGGUCUCAACUCGAAAGCUGAAAUGAUAUUUUCAGAGAUGCAGCAGAAGGGGUUUGAUAAAUGUGUCGUGGCACAUUCUAGCAUGAUAGCAAUGUAUGGAAAAGCAGGAAGGAUAGGAGACGCAAUGAAGCUUGUGGCUAAAAUGAAACGAAAAGGGUGCAAGCCAAAUAUAUGGAUUUACAAUUCUUUGAUGGACAUGCAUGGGAGAGUCAAUAACUUGAGACAGGUAGAGAAGCUGUGGAAAGAAAUGAGUCGAAGAAAUCUGGCACCGGAUAAAGUCAGCUACACUACUAUCAUUACCGCUUACAGUAGAGCGACGGAGUAUGAGAUGUGUAUGAAAUUGUACCACGAGUUUAGAUUAAAGGGCGGACUGAUCGAUAAGGCUAUGGCUGGCAUCAUGGUUCGGGUUUUCUCUAAAACGAGUCGGGUUGAUGAGUUGGUGAAGCUUCUAAAGGACACCAAAGCUGAAGGAACAAAGUUGGAUGGAAGGCUAUAUCAUUCGGCUAUGAAUGCUUUGAGGGAUAGUGGGUUGGAAAAGCAAGUUCAAUGGAUGCAAAAGAAUUUUGAUGCCAUGUAAAAAUGAUAAAUUUAUUUUACUAUUAAGACAUCUCUAGUUCUACUUUAUUCUUGUUUUGUUCCUUCACCACCCUGCCUUUUUUUUCUACCAUGCUCAAGUAAUGUCGGACAUAUUUUCACAAUAUUUUCACAACUCUUGACAGUAGACCAGAAAGUAGACCAGAAAAUAUUAAACAGACCAUUAGAAUAUAAUACUGCUGACAUA